UAUUUCUCCAGAGCUCCACAGCUUCCUUCUUAUAUGAGCUCCGCCCUCCUCUGACUUCCUUCUGCUCUCCUCUCCAGAGCAAACAGUUUUUAAUCAAUUUUCAUGGAGGAAGUGUUUGAAUCAGAGGCUGCUUGGUUUGAUGGGUCGAUGGAAGAACUCGUCCGUGAGCUCCUUGACAAGGAGUCGCCUCUCUUCGUCCCACCUGAGGAGGCUCCGGAAUCUAAACAAGUUGCUUGUCAGAAGCCCGUAAUUAACAACCUCGUCUCAUCGGUCUAUUCCGGCCCAACGAUCGGAGACAUCGAGAGUGCACUGUCCAUGAGCUAUCAACACGGCCCCGGUGGUUCUGAAUUCGUGGUUUCGCUCCCAGAGAGAGAAUCAGGUAAAAUGAAGAACAAAUAUACACUAAGGAUCAAGAGCUGUGGGAAUGGACUCAAAGAUGAUGGUUAUAGGUGGAGGAAGUACGGCCAGAAAUCUAUCAAGAACAACCCGAACCCAAGGAGUUACUACAGGUGCACCAACCCUCGCUGCAAUGUGAAGAAGCAAGUAGAGAGAUCCACAGAAGAUCCAGAGAUGCUGAUCAUCACCUAUGAAGGCCUCCACCUCCACUAUGCCUACUCGAAUUUCUUCUUGCACCGGUCACAGGGGAACUCUGCCGCAAGUCUUCAUGCGCCAAAGAAGCCCAAGGUCCUCCACCAGGCCGAAGUUCUCGAGAACCCAGAGGUGACACCCCCAGAGCAGGAACCGUCAACCACGCAGCAGCAGCAGCAGCUUGGGAUUGCUUGUGAGGAGAGCCUUCAACUAAGGCUCCUCGAAGAUGCUCUACAAAAUCCGGUUGUCAGAGAAGAAAGCAUGCAACGGGAGCUUAUGGAAGACGAUGUGCAGUGCCCACAGGGCCUGCUGGAAGAUAUUGUACCCCUGCCGGUGAGGAAGCCAUGCAACUCUACCACCUUUAUGCAUGAUCCUCCCUCUUCCUCUCAGCCAUCUUCUCCUUCCUACUCUUCAUCCCAUUCUUAGCCUCCCAAUUCAGCUCGUCACGAUCAUGGGUACACUUCUCACAUGAUUUCAGUGACAACGGUAAACAGAUAAGCGUUCUCUAGUUUCAUACUUGGGGUACUCCAUGGAACUUUGGGGCCCAAUUGUCUUUCGCAACGUGUAACACCUUACAUGUUGGUAGGCUUGUUAUGCGCACAAUUAAUACCAGCCUUCUUGUAUGGUGAUCUCAAAUUCGGUCUUCAUGAUAUAUAUUAUUUUACAAAGAACAGCAAUUUCACCAUUUUCUUCA